GGGUAUGCUUGUGCGAGGGAAAAAGGGGAAUUUCUCUGCUAAAAGAGAAAAAAAUAUUUAUAUUCUGUCAAUAGCAGACUGCGAUUCCCUGCGAUUGUCGAGGAAAAUUCGUCUCGAGAGGAAGUUCACAGUCGAGAAAGUAGAAACCAAUCACCUUCUUCGCUGAGAUUGUGCGUGAAAGGAUAAGUGAUAGCUGAAAAGGCGAGGGGACAGCCCCUGCGGCUGCGAAUUUUCUGCUCGAGAAGAGGAGAGAGAGAGAGAGAGAGAGAGAGAGAGAGCUAUGGCGGAAGAUGUUCGGUGUUGUGAGUCGAAGUUCUUUUUGUUCCUGUUGAUAAUCGUAGGACUGGUGGCCUUCGCUGGACUCAUGGCUGGGCUCACUUUGGGUCUCAUGUCUCUUGGCCUUGUUGACCUCGAAGUUCUUAUGAAGUCUGGCCGCCCUCAGGAUCGCAAACAUGCUGCUAAGAUAUUGCCAGUGGUAAAGAAUCAGCAUCUUCUACUUUGCACACUUUUGAUUGGUAACUCUUUGGCAAUGGAGGCUCUUCCGGUAUUCUUAGACAUGAUCGUACCUCCUUGGGUGGCAGUCCUUGUCUCGGUUACUCUUAUUCUCAUGUUUGGAGAGAUAUUACCGCAAGCAAUUUGCACUCGUUAUGGGUUGAAAGUUGGGGCAAUAAUGGCACCAUUCGUUCGCGUUCUUCUCACGGUUUUCUUUCCCAUUUCAUAUCCAAUUAGUAAGGUUCUUGAUUGGAUGUUGGGUAAAGGGCACGCUGUACUCUUGAGGAGAGCAGAGCUCAAGACUUUUGUGAACUUUCAUGGCAAUGAGGCUGGAAAAGGUGGAGAUUUAACUCACGAUGAGACUACUAUCAUUGCUGGGGCACUUGAAUUGACAGAAAAGACAGCCAAAGAUGCCAUGACAUCGAUAUCAAAUGCAUUUUCCCUUGAUCUGGAUGCAACUCUUGAUUUGGAGACACUCAAUGCUAUUAUGACGAAAGGCCAUAGUCGAGUUCCUGUUUAUUCUGGAGAUCCAAAAAACAUAGUUGGACUAGUUCUGGUUAAAAAUCUGUUAACUGUUGAUCCAGAAGAUGGAGUUCCCCUUAGAAAAAUGAUUAUUAGAAAAAUUCCACGGGUUUCUGAAGAUAUGCCUCUAUAUGACAUUUUAAAUGAAUUUCAAAAGGGCCAUAGUCACAUUGCUGUGGUAUUCAAGAAACAUGGCUACCAAUCUGAGGCAUUGCUGAAAAAAGACAAUGGUGUUGACUCAGCUGCUGGUGCUGCUACUCAUAAUUUUGCGAUGAAAAUGGAAUCAGUUGAUGCUCAAACAAUAGCUGAAAAGGCCGGGGGCCAACAGACGAAGAAAAGUCCACCAGCUACUCCUGCCUUUAAAAAACGACACAGAGGUUGUUCAUUUUGCAUUUUAGAUGUCGAAAAUGCGCCUCUUCCUGUCUUACCUGCUGGUGAAGAGGUGGUUGGUGUCAUUACUAUGGAGGAUGUGAUUGAAGAACUUCUUCAGGAGGAGAUAUUAGACGAGACAGACGAGUAUGUCAAUAUCCACAACAGAAUAAAAAUCAACAUGCAACCAUCUCCGGAAAAACCAAGCACCAAUCCACCUCAGCUUUCCCCAAAUGUUAAUACGUGACUGCUUUGUUACCCAGCAAUGCCGGGUCGGACAAGUUUUCACGGGGUCUUCCGAAUUGGCUACUGCAGCUCUUCCCCAUUCUCUUCACUAUGCCUGCCUUCGAUAGUCAGGUUUUACUAAAACUUUUUUCUUUUAAUCAUACAAGAGAUUUAAACUGGAAGAAUGGAAGGUGAAAUCUAGAUAAGAGUUAGCUGUAGCGUAAUUUAUCUCUAUGAUGGCAUAGAGAUGUAUAUUUUCCCAAGGUUAGAUGAUUGCAUUUUGGAAAUGACGUUCUUUGAUUGUAUAGGAAUAAUAUGUAGUUAUCUUCAAUCCAAAAGCAUGUGUAUCAAUCAAUUGACUUGUAGUUUUUUUUGGAAUGGAAUAAUCUUCUGUACUACAAUAAAUACCAACUCUUGUUAUCAUUAUGUCA